AUGCUCAAAUCAACCCACAAACCAGCGCAAUUGGCGCCCCUCCCGCCAGGCUGGACCGAACACAAGGCCCCAACAGGCCACACCUACUACUACAACGCUGAAACGAAAGAAUCCACGUACAAGCGACCCGUCCUCCAGCUCCCCUCCCAGCCAGCCGCCGAACCCUCCUCCCCCUCCCCCUUCUCCCCCUACGCAGCCGUUCCAAACCUCUCCGACCCAAACGUCGCAAAUGCCUUCAUGGCGCAGUUCAACAAGCCGCCGCCCCAGGCGCAAAGGGGCGGCUUCGGCGGCGGCGCUGGCCGAGGAGGCUUCGAGGGACGUCCGCGCCCGCAGCCCGUGGACAAGCCCAGGAGAAAGGAGCCUAUACCCGGUUGCGAGCCGUGGGUUCUGGUGUACACAAAGUACUCGCGGCGCUUCGUGUAUAACCCGGUCAAGAACGCGAGCUACUGGCGCAUUCCCGAGAAGCUCAUGCCCGCCAUCCUGGAAAUGGACAAGAAGAGGAUACAAAACCUGAAUGCAGCAAAUGAUCAAGCGGGCAAGGCGGUAGAAGCAGAGGGCCCCAAACAACCUGGCGAGGCCAAAGAAGAAGCCAAGGCUGCUGUAGAGGCGCCUGCUCCAUCAGGUCCAGACUACGACAGCGACGAAUACGAAGAGGUCGAAGUCACCGACGACGAGGGCGAAGACGGCGACGAGGGCGAGCACCCAUCGAAGCGGCAACGCACCGAACCCUCCGACGACCACGACCAGGAAGGACCCGUCGAGUUCACGGAGGCCGACAUCGCCGCCCAGCUCCAAGCUAUGGGCGAAGAGUAUGGCCUCGAGCCCGGCGACUACGACGAUGGCAACAUGGACGACUGGCCCGAGGGCGCAGAGGGCAUGCACUUCUCCGAGGAAGACGCAAAGUUCCUCUUCCAAGACAUGCUCGCCGACCUCAAUAUCAACCCCUACAGCUCCUGGGACAAGCUCCUCGAGGAGGGCAAAAUCAUCCAGGACCCGCGCUACACGGCCCUCAGCACGACAAAGGCCCGCAAGGAGUGCUUUGACGAAUGGACCCGCCAGCGCAUCGCCCAGCUCAAGGAGCAGCGGGCCAAGCAGGAGAAGAAGGACCCCAAGAUUGCCUUUAUGGCCUUUUUGCAGGAAAAGGCCUCCCCGAAGCUCUACUGGCCCGAGUUCAAGCGCAAGUACAAAAAGGAGGAGCCCAUGAAGGACCUCAAGCUCUCGGACAAGGACCGCGAAAAGGCCUACCGCGAGCACAUUAACCGGCUGAAACUGCCCCAGGCGACGCUCAAGUCGGAUCUCACCGCGCUGCUCAAGGCGCAGCCCGUGCACCUGCUCAACAACAAGUCGCUUGCCAACGGAUUGCCUGCGCAGGUCCUCACUGACAUACGGUACAUCUCGCUUGAGCCCAAGAUUCGCGAUCCCUUGAUCGAAGCAUACGUGCAGACGCUGCCUCCACCUCCCGAGGACCCCAACUCUGCUGUGGAGGACGAGGAGCAGAAGAAGGCGCGCGAGGCGAGGGAGAGGCGCGAGAGGGCUUUAGAGGAGCGGAAUCGGUUGGUUGAGGAGCAAAGGAGGAGACGCGAGAGGGAAGUCGCGGCGAGCAAGGCACGGCUGAGGGAGGAGGAGCGGGAGCUGGAGUUUGCCAUGAGGGUUGGGAAACGAGGCUUGCAGGGGCAGCUGGCGAGCAUGAGCGUGAAGCAGCAGAGCGAGAAUGAGGGCGAGCCAUCAUAG